UCCUGUCGCGGAAGGCCCUACGCAUGCGCACUUCCGCCGAGCGUUAGUGUGUGUGUGUGUGCAUGUGUGUGACCGUCGCUUGUUCACCUUUAUAAACGGCACGACUUGUCAUUCGCGGAUGCGAUCACAGGCCGCACCUGCGUACGUUGUGUGUACGCAGUGAGAGCGUAACGUACGCGCGACCGUUGGCUGUUCUCGGCACGAAAUGUUCUCGACGACGACGGCGACGACGAUGUCCCAAAAGAUGAGGAUCAGCGAAUUCCCAAUGGGAUGGACGGACGACAACGGCUGUUUUGUCGCCCCUGUCGAAGAGCCGGCGACGUUCUGGAGGAAACUUAGUGUAAACGAGUGGACGGUCAGCGUAUCGCUCUUCCUAUUCUCCCUCUCGAUGACUCUGGGGAAGCUGUAUUUCAAUUACGGAAAAUAUUCGUUGUGGCAAAUUGGCGAUCGAUUGCUGGCGAAAAGCGGGACAUUCUCGGACGGCAAUAAUCAGUACGCGGGAACAGCUGCUGAUAUGCUAGUAUUUUGCGAGAGAUACCUGUGGCUGAUAAAGGCGACAUUGGGUGGGCUUGCGAUAACAAGUUUCACUUGGUUCAUCAUUUACAUGGACAGCAGUGUACCUGGUGUCAACCCACCGUCUCCUUUCUGUUCUUCCAGGCAGAGGAUCCAUAGAGGUUCAAGGAUACACAUAAACUAUUUAGUCGGUGUGCUACAUGGAAUAUUAUUUUUCAUCUACAUGUGUUUCUAACUCGACGGAGAUGUGAUUCGGCGGCCUAGGUAGCUUGAAAGAUGGUUCUAUUUUUGUCUACGUGUAGUAUUUUUAUUUAUCUGCGUAUUAUUUAUAUCACCUCGUCGACAGCUGUGUUUAUUUAUGGAUGACUCUCAUGCAUAUGUAAUAUUUAGUAAGUUUUGAGUUGCGAGAUUACGUUGGUGGAUACACGAAUGAUCUUCGCAUUUUGUGAUUUUCCGUUGAUCCUCAUAUUACAAAAAUGAUACAACUGGUAGCGUUCGUGCAAAUAAAUCGACUUUUUUUUUCUUUUAAUUAGUUCAGAACUGAAAAUGCAGAGUGUGAAAGCGCGGGGGGAAUUUCUAAAAUUCAAAGGACUUGUUGCUCUAGUUUUACACACUGGUAAUCACAUUAACGGUACUACGGUGCGCGGGAAGUGCCGAGCUAUUAUUGCAACCAUGUAAUGCGCAGUAACCAAAAACUUCGAAGUGGAGAACAGAACCCGUUGUUCCAAAUUUAACACGAUUAAUGUGUUAUAUUACGACUUUGUGUGUCUAAGAGAGACUGAUUAUCUGAUAGAAUAAUAUAUUUAUCGAUAAGUUAUGGAAUAUGUAAGUGUUGCGCGAGGUACAUCUAAUUUCAAUUUUAUUUUAUCUUGCGAGGUAAAUUUUUUUACAUAAUACAUAUGCUAUACGUAUUUCUACACGUAUAUUCCUCCUUUUGCGUGCUUCAAAAAUAACACAUUAUUCCCGAUAUAUUAUAUCAUGUCACAUUUUAAGCUAUGGCGCUUAUUAACAGUCUAUGGAUUAUAUAUAUAUCGUUGGAACGAGAUAUUUUUCUUCAUUAAACAGCUACUGCGUACCGAGAAUGUUGUGAGGAAAGUUCGUUGUUACUCGAGUAAUGGAACUCGUGCUACUUAUUUUGCUAGAUAUUUUACUCUCUGUGUAAUAUACGCUUCAAUUAUUAUUAUAAUUUAUUUGCUUCAAUUAUUAAAUAUAUUUAUUGUACACUUAAUUUAUUUGAAUUAACGAAUCUCGGAAUUUUCGCAGCUUCGAUAUCAGGAAUGUCACACAAGCUGGUAGUGACACGAUUGUGUUUCUCUGUGCUUGUCACUUGGGAUAUUUCGAAGCAAACUGAAAUCUGCGGUUCGAUAGAUCUAAGGAAGAGAAAUGUAAAUCAACGUAUCAAAGUAGAGUAGGUGAUUAUCUGUAUGACUUGCGAGGCGAGAAAUUUACGUAAUUUCCAAUUGUGCGAGUAUUACAAAUGUAACAGCAAGAUACGUUCUAUUUUUCGAACUAUUGAUACUGAUAGGAUUAAUAAUGUUAAGAGUAUAUUCUCCACGAGAUACUUGUUAUUACUAACGGUCCAGUGAUCGCUGUUGUAUACAGCAUUGUCCUACGCGAAAUGUUUUCAACUUGAAUCUGUGAAACGAAAUUUUUCAUCCAAUAAACAAUUAAUCGACAUCUC